AUGGUACUCACGUGCAGACCCUCACCAACUGAUAUUUCGACGAUGAACAAUGUCACUGCUGGUGUAGCUGCUACUGCUGACCGUGGCGCAGCGGAAUGCGCUGGAAGUUCCAAUUAUAUUAUGCCGUGGGCAACUGUAAUUGCUAUGCUUUCGCUGUACAUCUUCGCGCUACUCUGGCUUUUCAAAUGUAAUUCGCUUUUUUUGUAG